AUGAUUGAGCCACUGAUAGCUGGUAAAAACAAAAAACAUAUCAUCAAUGAAAUCUCGAUUAAAUUUGCAUGCCAAAAGAAUGUUGAACACAAGUGCUCUCAUGAUUUGGUAGCAUUUGUUGGGUGUUCUGUUGGUGCCAUGCGGCGAUCUUUGACACGCUUGCGGCAGUCGCCUGGGCUUCUCCAAAUGACUGAGGUAGAGGUUCGCCCAGCCCACGUGCCAAUCCUCCUCCACAAGCUCCAGAACUCUGCGGAAGUCUCACAUCAGAGGGGCCUAGGAGGCCCUUUGGGGGCCUUCUACACAGAGCUGGGACAGUCAAAUGGCCGAGUCUAUUUGCUGGAUAACUUUGCCAGCUUCCAUGCCCGUGACCUGAACCAGAAAGCACUCUCUUUGGCAGAUGAUGCCUGCGCAGCAGCUUUGGAGGUGCAGCAACUUUAUGAGAGUAUGCGGACGAGUAUUUUCCUGGAGGCUACAGAUGCUUUAGGAGAAGCCGGACUUUCUGGCGACCUUCUAAGUUUCUCGGCUGAAGGAGGUGAUGAACCACCGGUAUAUGAGUUGCGGACAUACCAGCUGAAGCUUGGAUACACAACAGUUCCAACAUUUGUUGAAAAAUACACCAACGGCCUCAAAGAGAAGCUGGCCGCGGACCAAACCGGCCAAUCCCAUCUUGUGAGUCUUAUGUACAGCGAGGCAGGUGCAGCUCCACUCAACACUGUGCAUGAGCUUUGGCGCCACACCUCCAUCCAGGGCAGCCAAGACUCACGGCAAGCCUCUCGUCGGGCAAGUGGCUGGAAGCAGGCCAUUGCUGAGAUUGCUGAGCUGGCCAUCACUUUUCACUCCCAAUAUUUGCGACCAGUUCCUGGAGUUGGCCAGUUGCAGUAA